AUGCCAAUGAUCAUGGACGACGGCAUCAAUGUUGACGAUUUGUUUGGCGAGUCUGCCUCGCUCGAGCUGGGCUUGCCAGCGCCCGCCCCUACCUCGAACUCCACCAAAGGUCUUGCUCAGCGCCUAGAUGAGAUGCGACUGUUGGGGUGCUGUCAGAAGAUUGCUUGGUCUAAACAGGGUUGCAUUGCGUAUAUCUCUCAAGAUACAUUGAGAGUGAAUCUUCGUCACCUGGAAUGUCGACCAUCUGAUGGGAAGUGGGUGCUGAGUGAUGACACUCCAUUGCACCCAGUGGCAGAGGCCCAUGGGGGCCAGCCUCUCGUCCACUUAUGCUGGAAUGAAAUUGGAUCUGAAUUAGCCGUGGUCGACUCGUCUGGACGAGUUUCGAUUUAUAAUAUUGCGAUUUCGCUUAACAGUCUAGCUGGGCAACGCCAGGCGGCUUUUGAUCCAAUCGAUGAUGGAGCUCAGAUUGUCGGUAUGAUGUGGCUGAAUGUUCAACGUUCCGUAAGUACCCACGUUCUUCGUUCGUUCAUGUUUGAUAUGACGCUCAACUCCCUCAAAGGUCCAUGCUUUCAAUGUAGCAGCAAUGGUGCAAGGGCGCCGGGCGUACUCACCAUUCGACGCCGCCCAAUAGGCCCCUUUCACCCGGCUGGAAAAGCCGCUCUGUUAUGUGUAACCAGAUCCGGCGUCAUCAGGCUCUUGUACCAGAAUCCCGACAACAAAUGGGCAGAAAUCUCUGCAGAACUGAAGAAUGCGAGCUACUCCGACCGACUUCUUACCCAUGCGGCUAUCGUGGCUACUCAGAAUGGAAUCCUCAUCGCUACUUACUCUGCAUGCCAAAAGAUCUACUUCUAUCGAGUGCAGAUUAACUGGACUCCUCCACAGUGGGAUCCGAGCCAGUUAAAGCAGGCACCAAAUCAAUUCCCCGUCCCAGGCUUUCGCUUCAUGCACUCUAAAGUUGAGGCUCCUUGUAUCAUACCAAGUGCAAGCCGCAAUGGGGAAGCAACCAGCGAUGAAUUACCACCCUCUACCAACCCACUAUAUUGCCUCACCCGCCUGGAUAUAGUCCUCGCUGCACAUGACAAUUCUGCUGGGAUGACCACAAAUCCAUGGAUAAUAGCUGUGUUCUCGAUCCCCCCUCACGCUACUCCUGAUCACUCACAGCAACAGAGCCCCUGUAGUGUCAUUGUCCGAUGGCAAUUGGAGUCUGCUCCACAGGUGCUUCACCCAAAAUUUGAUGAGGUAAAUUCAAAGAAGAAUAACGCUCAAAUCAAACCAAAAUCCGUGCUACGACGACUGGAAGACAUGUAUUGCGACAGAUAUGUCACUACGAUAGAGCAGACGGAGCAUGGAAACGUCCUAGCUGUCACGUACGACGAUAGUUCAGUCACUUUUUAUGAUCCAAAGACGAUGGCCGUCUUGAAUGGAACUGAUGAUACGAAUACACUGAGUAGCUUAGCUCAUGCAGGGUUCCAUUAUCCUCCUGACUCUGCAGGUGAAUUCCCCUUAGGAUAUUGCAAUUGGAUGAAGGUUGACUUUUCUUUAGCAGGUCUACACAUCAGCUUCUCCCCCAGUGGCUGUAACGCUGUCACGUUGGAUGGAGAAGGGCAGGCGCAGCUACGGGUGAUGGAACACUCGUAUGGCGCGGAAAAUGGACUUUACGAUGAAAAUAAAUUCUCUGCUGCGAUUGCCUCCUUGACACUGGCAUUCUGCCGCGGAUGCGGAAGCGAGUUUAAUACGGAUGACAUUUUAUUAAUUUUGAAACGGCAAGCGUCACCUGAUGCGCAAACAUCUUUCAUCAAUGAAGUUUACCGCGCUCUGGGGGUCAACUGCAACUAUACACAGGAAAACGAUAAAUUGAUGAGCCACCAGUACUUACCAAAAUGCCUCAGCGUUCAAGCCGCACUGGGGUUCAUUGAUAAAUACAAAUCGCGGAACUUUGCAUCUAAUGUACCAUGGACAAUUCUCCAGCUUCGUCAUGCUUCUGUCCUAUAUGCGCUUUUUCUCCAGCAUCUUAAAGGAGGUGCACAGGCAGAUCCACCCGAUGCAGAUGCUAUACGUAUUUUACUUGGAAAUACGAAAUGGGCCUUGGACUUGUUACAUUAUGUUUUGAACGACCUUCUUGAUCUCGCAGAUGACCUAGAGAGCUUGCUUUCUGACCAGGAGGCUUUUGCCCAAAAAUUGAAAACCAUAAAUUCUCUACCCCUGAUUAUCCUUCUGUCUAGUAUGUCUCGGGCCUUCCUGCGCUUCAUCUGCCGCGGAUUGCGAGGAAUCCAGGCCGGCUAUGCUACUGCACCUCUGACGGGCGAUGCUGGCGUCUACUAUGCCGAGAUUUAUCAAACUCUAGACACAUCCCCCGUGCGAAUUGACGUGUAUGAGAAGUUGCUUGCUGGGGUGGACUCGACUGUGCGACAUGUCUAUGUUGGAGCGGGCUUUGGAGACAAUGAACGGCCGGGGCCUGAAAAGGAACUUUUAGUCAACGGCCGUAUCCCCCCUGUUCUAGUUACGGCCGUCUCUACUAUUCUCCGACAGACGGUCCCCACGCUCAAGCCUGAGAUCGAUCGCAUGGCUAUCUAUAUAGGUGACUACAGUUGGCUCGGCCUUGGAUCCGACCCACGUGCAGAGUUGUACCGGAGGACCCGGGACGUGGAUAUCAUCAAGAAGAUUCCUUUCAGAAGCACGACAUCUGCGGGCUCGGACGGGGCUCAAAGCGGAAAGCACAAUCCCAGCCAGGUGCGCAGACGAUGCGUCCGUUGUUGCGAGAUUAUGUGCGGUGCGUACCCGCCACGCCCCCAGCUAUCGUCUCGCAUGAUGUACAAGUUGGGCUAUGUGCGGUAUUGUAUCUGUGGAGGAGGAUGGACUCUGGAGUCGGACCUCCACCGCUAG